AUGGAUCCACACGACGGCUACGACGCCGACCCAAAGCGCAAAGGCAAGGGAAAAGCAGCUUCCGAUGCUGCGCCUACCAGGGUUGACAGUGCAAACAACCCUCGACAUCAGCAAGGAGACGGCGAUGCACAAUCUGAGCCUUCGCUUGCAAACCGCCUUGUAACAUCAGCAGCUAACCUUUCUCGAGCUGCUCUGGCAGGCCGCCCUGUUGCCGAGGGCAUCCGAAGCGGAAUUUCUGCAAAGCCGUACGCACAGGCCGAGGCCAGCACCAGCUCUGCCCAAGACUCCGUACGCCAGGGACAGACGACUGCUACCUAUCGUGGCGCAGAUGGCCAUGGAAGUGGUGUUGGGUCCUUCUCGUCAUCACUACACUCAACCACAGCUGGCGAAAAGCAGUACGACAGUUUUAUGGGUGCCCAAGCAGCGCUUGACAGCUCGGUCCAGCUACAGACACCAGACCAUGCCCCGCCAGGCCUCGCUGAUCCAGCGAGCACGCGGCACAACUUUCGUUUCUUAGGAAGCCAGUCUGAUGUCAAAGACCAAGAAGCCAGGGAUGGCCAGCAGGUCAUUGACUUGCUAACUGCCCCAGGAGAGUUGGCCGAUUUCCAAGACAUUGACGACAGCCUCCAAACCUUCAUUUCACAGGAAGAAGAAGACUCGUUGAGAAAGGCGCUCUUUAGUGGCAGGGGGGAUGGCCCUACCUCCAACUGGACUCCCCUCCUCGACUUCCAGCCCGACUUCCUUCAAGGAGGCGAAGUCACCGAAUUGUUACAGCAUUUUGGCGUUGCCGACCUUCGGCAAGCCAGAGCCAUGUGGAUGGACAGCUGGAACGACGUGCUCGCAAGCUAUACAGACCAAGUUUGGGGCGACCUCGGCCCCUUAGCCCGAGAAGCGCAGAGAGAAAUCCAAGAGGCGCGUGAGCAGGGGACGACGGCGACUAUGGACCCCGGCGGGAUGCAGGCGCUUCAACGACUGCGACAGAUUCUAGCGCACGUCCGGGGUCAUUAA